UUCUUCUUCCUCUUCUCAGUCGUAACCACCGCCAUAAACCACAAGCAGCAGCAGCAGCAGCAGAGAGAAUGGCGUCGCCAUCCAGCUCUUCGCCUCUCCUCUUCCUCUCCCUCUGCCUCUCUGCUGCGCUCCUCUUCUCCGGCGCUUCUGCCACGACCAACAUAACCGGAAUCCUCUCGAAGGCCGGCCAAUUCUCGGUGUUGAUCCAGCUUCUUAACACCACACAGGUGGGAAUUCAGCUCACCAACGAGAUCAACAACUCGUACCAGGGCAUGACCCUCUUCGCCCCCAAUGACGGCGCCUUCAACAGCCUUGAAUCCGGUUUCCUCAAUAACCUCACGCAGGAGAACCAGGUUAAACUUCUUAUGUUCCACGUCCUCUCCAAGUUCUACACCUGGGAUGACUUCAGGAGCAUCAGCAACCCUGUGAUCACUCAGGCAUCCGGAUCUGACGGCCCUUAUGGCCUGAAGUUCACAUACAUCUCUAACCAGCAAGUGAAUGUCAGCAGCGACGCCGUCACCACCACGUUCACGAAUGCCGUCAACUUGACAAAGCCGCUGGCCAUAUACGAGAUCAGCAAGGUUCUGUAUCCCAAGGACAAAUUCAAUGCACCCCUUGCACCAGCUUCGUCGCCAUCGGAACAGAAUGCUACAACUAAAGCUGGGGCACCCUCUAGUGUUACAUCAUCUAAGGGUUCAUCGUCCGAUUCUUCAAAGUCAGCAGCUGCCAGCGUUCGUGGGCAGUGGAGUAAUUUCAUGGGGAGUCUGUUCGCAGUCGUGGGGAUGGCCUGCAUCGGCUUCAUGAUUUGAAUGUAGAGUCCUGCUACGGAGGUCUGAGCAUCGUGUGUAUGGAAUAUUGUGGCUUUCUUUUUUUUUUGUUUCUGUGUUCCCUUUCUUGAGCUUCUUGUAGCCUUCGCCAUUCAUUGAUUUGCAAUAUACAUCUCUUUGUGGUACCA